CAUGUUUCCUUAAAUUUUCUGCUGGUGCACUUCUCAGUAUUGGGCAUGGAAACCCCACAAUCCCAGCAACCCACCACCUAAUCGGAGCCCAUUAAUGGCUUGCAAUUAACCCAUGUAACAACCAGUCGUACCAUUGUUAGUGUUAAUGUUCUGGUUCAUCAGACAAGCGGAAGCAGAUAGCUUUUGAAAAAAGCAGAAGUUGUUCUUCUGGGUUUUUCUGCGUUUGGGAUUGGUCAAAAAUGGAGGAGAGGGAAGGAAGAUCCUUGGCUGAAACCCCAACAUGGACGGUUGCUUGUGUGACCUGUGUCAUGGUUGUUCUUGGGUUCUUCUUCAAUGGCUCUUUGGAACGGGUUGGAAAGUGGUUGGAUAAGACUAAAAGGAAGUCUCUAAUUGCUGCUCUGCAGAAGAUUAAAGAAGAGCUCAUGCUUUUUGGGGUUAUGUCAUUGUUGAUGAGUCACUUCAUUAUCAUUGUGGCCAAGAUUUGUGUUAAAUCGUCGGUUAUGAGCAGCCGGUUCUUUCCAUGUGCAUCGGAGAGUGAAUUUUUGAAUGCUGUUGAACAUGUUCUUGUUCCGACUUCGGGUAAUUUGAAUAGUUCAGUCUCCAGAGUACAGGUGAAGGCUGGUUCUCAACACGGCUAUUGUCCUGAGGGUCACGAAUCCUUUGCUUCUCAACAAAGUCUUGAACAGCUUCACCGUUUGAUGUUUGUGCUCGGCAUCACCCAUGUUUUUUACAGCUUCGUAGCCAUUGUCCUAGCCAUGAUUAAGUUAUACAGCUGGAGAGUAUGGGAAAAUGAAGCCAAAGAAGCAAUUAAGACCUUAGAAGAUACCGCGCAAGGUCAACCAGGUAUUCAAAGAAUGAGGAGAUUGUCUACUUUCAUAUGUCACCACACAUCCCAUCCAUGGAGUCAGCACAGAGUUCUUGUUUGGCUGCUUUGUUUCAGCCGCCAGUUCUGGAGUUCUAUAAACCGGUCUUCUUACAUGGCUUUGCGCUUCGGCUUCAUCACUACUCAUCAACUUCCUUUGUCGUAUGAUUUCCAUAAUUAUAUGAUUCGCAGCAUGGAGGAAGAAUUUCGGGAUAUUGUUGGUGUCAGUUUGCCUCUUUGGAUUUACACCAUCUGUUGCGUUGUUCUAGAUUUUCAUGGAAGCAACCUUUACUUUUGGCUGUCCUUCCUUCCAGCCAUUUUGAUCCUGCUUAUUGGUACAAAACUGCACCGAAUAGUGGUAAAGCUGGCUGUCGAAAUCAUGGAAGAAAGUCCGUAUAUGGAAAAUCAUCAGUUUAAACUAAGAGAUGAGCUCUUCUGGUUUAAGAAGCCCUGGCUUCUUUUACGUGUAAUACAACUGAUAUCCUUCCAGAAUGCCCUCGAGAUGGCAACUUUCAUCUGGUCCCUGUGGGAAAUUAAGGAACCUUUGUGUUUCAUGGACAACCGUACUUUCCUUGUGAUUCGCUUGACAUUUGGGGUUGUCACACAGUUCUGGUGUAGCUUUAUAACAUUCCCACUCUAUGUUAUCAUCACACAGAUGGGUUCAAGGUUCAAGAAAUCUGUAGUAUCCGAAAAUGUAAGAAAUUCGCUACAUGGAUGGAAAAGGAGAGUGAAGGCCAGACAAGGUACUUCAUCCACUGCUACUACACACUUGGUGAGGACAUCAACAUCAUCCGAUUCUAUUGUGGAUGAAACUCACAAACUAGAAAGUUCUUCCUCAAACUCUUCGGAGAGAAGUUCCUUCAAGAAACAGAAUACAUCUUUCCGACAUCUGCAGGGCGGAGAUGAGAAGUUAGAAACUCCUCUCUCUGUUGGUCCAGUUUACGACAGUUAUAGCGAUGACAACGAUGAGGGUGAUCACCAUCACGAUGAUCAUAGUAACAUAAAAGAUGAAUUGGCUCUCCUUCCACCAUAAGCUUUUCUUUGUUGGAGUAUCACAAGAGAUAUAGACUGCUUGUAUACACUUUGAUACAUUAAUUAAUCAUUUAGCGUCCGAAUGUUACAACCACUGCGCCUCUCUGAAGCAGUUCUCCCUUACACCGUUGGAUCAACCACUGCGCCUACUCUAUGUUCUCAACCUGGAGAGCCGUUUUGGUGGUAUUAGUAGAUCCCACUGGCUGCAGCUCAAAGCUAAGCUUCAAAAUUUGAAGAAAGGAGCCCUAUCCGUGUCUGACUAUCUUCAGCUUGUUAAGCAGACCUCUGAUGCCCUUGCUGCAGCUGGUGCUCCACGUGAUGACCUUGAUUUUGUAGCACAUACCCUCAAAUGGCCUUCCUAGUGACUACAAUGCCUUUGCUACUUCGACUAGUACAUAUUUUCCUCUUUUUUUUUUUGAACAAACGAUAUUAUCUGUAACUUUGUAAGAGGGAGGGGGUAGCUUAGUUUCACAAUAAGCUAGCAAUAAUGUGGUUCAAAUAUUUUUCCACUCUUUGAGCUUCUAAAUUUCUUUAAUAUCUUGAUUAAAGAUGCAUCUUCACAUCAAGUGGCAUUUACGUCUAGUAAUACAUUGUUAUGUAAAACCCCAUCCCUAAAAGUAAUGUAAUUUCAUUUUGUUUUGGGUAU